CCCUCUGGAGAAAGUGGUACGGUCUCAUUUUUCAGCCAUCCAAAAUGGCGGAGGCAGGAGAAACGGGGUGUGCGGAGGCCGCGGUGUCGCCCCGUUCUGGCCGGGCACAGGAGUCCCAGGCCACCGAGGACUCUUCCGAGAGCGACGGAGAGUGCGAGGAGCGUGGUCCCUUCAGGAGAAAAGUGUCCACCCAGGGGCAGCUGAAGAAUAAGGCAAGCCUGAAGGAGGGCUGGUUGAUGAAGCAGACUAAUUCAUUCCAGAGAAUGAAGAAGAGGUACUUUAAGCUGAAGGGCCGGAAGCUGUACUAUGCCAAGGAGGCAAAGUCGCUGCUUUUUGACGAGAUAGAUCUUACGGAUGUCAGCGUUGCGGAAUGUAGCACGAAGAACGUCAACAACAGCUUCCAGGUCAUUACACCCUUCCGCCGACUCAUCCUUAGUGCAGAGAACCGUAAGGAGAUGGAAGAAUGGAUGGCCGUACUACGAGCAGUGCAGAACAGAGAGUUCUAUGAUCCCAGCAGGGAGAAUAUGGACCAGUUUAACGGGAUGCACAACUGGUACACCUGCAGCCACGCCCGCCCCACCUACUGUAACGUGUGCAGAGAGGCUCUGUCUGGUGUCAUGUCCACUGGACUGUCCUGCGAAGUGUGCAAGUUCAAAGCUCAUAAGCGGUGUGCAACGCGAGCACCUAACGCCUGCAAGUGGACCGCCCUGUCUUCUAUAGGCCAAGACACCAUCGAGGAUGAUGAGGGGAUCCACAUGCCUCAUCAGUGGUUGGAGGGGAACCUACCAGUCAGUGCCAAGUGUAGUGUGUGUGACCACACCUGUGGGAGUGUGCUCAGGCUACAGGACUGGAAAUGUCUGUGGUGUAGAGCUAUGGUCCAUACAACAUGUAAGGAAAUUUUCCCCAGAAAAUGCCCCCUGGGAGACUGCCGACUGUCCAUCGUCCCCCCCACCGCCCUCAACAGCAUCGACUCUGAUGGAUUCUGGGUAGCCACGCGGCCGACGUCCAGCAACCCCCUGCUGGUCUUCGUGAACUCCAAGAGCGGAGACAAUCAGGGCGUGAAGUUUCUCCGGAGGUUCAAGCAGCUUCUCAACCCUGCUCAGGUGUUUGAUCUGAUGAAUGGAGGACCACACUUAGGGUUGCGGUUGUUCCAAAGAUUUGACUUGUUCCGGAUCCUGGUGUGUGGAGGAGACGGCAGCGUUGGCUGGGUCUUAUCAGAGAUCGACAAGCUUAACCUGCAUAAACAGUGCCAAAUGGGUGUUCUGCCCCUGGGGACAGGGAAUGACCUAGCCCGGGUGUUGGGGUGGGGAGCGGCGUGUGAUGAUGACACGCAGCUGCCCUCCAUCCUCUGGCAGCUGGAGAGAGCCACCUGCAAGAUGCUAGACAGAUGGAGCAUUAUGACCUGUGAAACCAAAGUCCCAGGCGCUGCUGACCCCACAGCUUCUGCACAGCAGGGAGAACAGGAUGAAAUGACAGCAUAUGAGCUCCAGGACUCUGUGGCAACCCACCUCAGCAGGAUACUUCAGUCUGACCAACACUCAGAGGUCAUUCAGUCUGCAAGAGUACUGUGUGAAACAGUUAAGCAUUUUGUUACCAAAGUAGGAACUGCUUACAACACUGAAGAGGAGAGGGCACAAAGUGACAAGGACUCUAUAACUCACAAGUGUAAGGUUCUAGAUGAGAAGUUGAACUCGCUGCUGACAACCCUGAAUGAAGAGGCUAAGGCCAAGCCGCUGCCUGCAGUUAGCCCUGCUGUCCAGCAGGAGGAGCUGGUGGCAGGAUCUCCGCAAGACACCGUGCCGGAGGGACUCACCGCGCCAUCAUCAAGUAGGCAGAUGUAUGAUUCGGAGGAUGAUGUUGUUCCAGAAGAAAUUGCUCCAGCAACCCUCAAGAGAGUAAGGCACAGUUUCUCCAUAAAAACUAAUAAUACCUACUUCUGGUGCUUUUUUCUAAGGUUUCCAUCACUGCAUGGCUUUGAUCAGUUGGUGAUUGACAGCUGGUGGCGGCGUCAAGUCCGUCCAAUUUCUUGGUGUCCAAAUAACGCCAUGACACAUGCCUGGCUAAAAGCCUGCCUUGUUUUUUUAUCUGCAGCUGUUGAUGAGCAGAAUGCCCAAACAAAAGAACACAAGGAGGAGGAGGAGGCAUCAGCAGGGCAGCCCCCCUCCCCACACACCUCAUCUGCUGCUACCGCUCCCCCGAAACCACCUUUCGUCUUCACCAUGACGACCAGCGAGCCCUCCACCCCGCUCGCACCCUUAGCAACCAUGGAGAACUCCUCUCCUGAGUCAACUGAAGAGGUGCCUGUUGCCGGGGCAACCAGUAUCCAAUCAGCAUCAUCCAUCGCAUUUUCCACAAUUGAAGGGUCGGAGGAAGCCCGUGAGAGGAGCGACACAGUGUGCAGCCUCCGCAGCCCUCCCCCACCCCGGUACCCAGGCUACUCAGGUUACACUGGCUUACGGGGAAGGUUACAGGUCACAGAUAAAGAAGCUCUUGCCCAGGAGAGAAGAGUCAGUAAGGGCAGCACCUUGAGUCAAGGUGUGUCUGACACCUCAAAGUCUCUGCAGAAUAUCGACAGGGCCACUAACAGGCAGGCAGUGACACAACUUCCAGGUAUUCGUAGCUCCAUUGCCAGUAGUAUAGCUGGUGGCUGCUUGGUAAGUAAGGUGCUGCUGGCCAAUGCAGAUGCCCUGUGUGCAGCAGCCACUCCCCUCAUGGACCCAGAGACUGCUUCCCUGCCGUAUGUCCUCCACAGGGAGGGGUUCAGGGAAAAGUGCGUCAUGAACAACUACUUCGGGAUCGGCCUGGACGCCAAGAUCACCCUGGAGUUCCACAACAAGCGGGAGGAGCAUCCGGUCAAGUUCCGCAGCCGCACACGCAACUUCAUGUGGUACGGCAUGCUGGGAGGAAGGGAGAUCCUGCAGAGAACGUACAGGAACCUGGAACAGAGGAUACAGUUGGAGUGUGAUGGACAAAGAAUCCCUCUACCCAGUCUGCAAGGGAUUGUUGUUCUGAACAUACCCAGUUUUGGAGGAGGUGCCAACUUCUGGGGAGGGGUGAAAGAGGACGAUAAUUUUGUGGCGCCAUCAUUUGACGACAAGGUUCUGGAGGUGGUUGCGGUGUUCAGCAGCACGCAGAUGGCGUUCUCCCGCGUGAUGAACCUGCAGCACCACCGCAUCGUGCAAUGUCGUACCAUCAAGAUCACCAUCCAGGGCAGCGAGUCCGUACCGGUACAGGUGGACGGGGAGGCCUGGAUGCAACCGCCCGGGUACAUCCGUAUUGUCCACAAGAACCGCGCACAGAUGCUCACCAGGGACAGGGCCUUUGAGAAGACCCUAAUGUCCUGGACAGACAAGCAGAAGUUUGAGAAGAUGAUCCAAGGCCCCCUCAUCAGUAAUGAAGAGACGGCUGUGCUGGCGCCAUUUGUCGAUGCCUCCGUAGCUCUCAUCAGAUGGCUGGCAGACCUGGUUACUAAAAAGGAGGCGGCAGACAUGAUUACGAGCACCGCCUGCCUGUACGCGGGGGUGGGGCAGAUCAUCGGCAGUAUCGACAACAUGGACGAAGACUUGGAGCGGAAGCUGGUGCACGCGCUGAACCUGGUGGACCAGGAGCUGCGCCGGGUGGAACAAGUGCCAAGUCUGGCAGCUGCGCCGUUGCAGGGCUCUGCGGCAAGUCCCGUGGAGUACGCGUCGCCCCCGGCCCCCAGCAGGCCACAGCACUCCAGGUCCGCAGGCCACGUGUCUGCAUUGUUGGGUGUACAACCUUCUGAUGAGGAGUACCAAAGUGAUUAUGGGAUGUCCCCUGUACCCAAGCAACGAACCAAGAGCUCCGGGAAGUUUGGCCUUGUCCGUAAACUCAGGAAGUCAAAAACCAAGGACAAGGAGAGGGAGAAGGAGAGAGAAGAGUCCUCCAUGAAGGAGAGUGCCGGCAGUAUGUCUGGUGUUUCUACAAACAUUCCAGUCUUCCAGUGGGGACCAGAGGAGGUGGGUGGUUGGUUGGAGUCCCUGGCUCUCGGAGAGUACCGCGACAGCUUCAUGAAGAACGACAUCCGCGGUGCCGAGCUGCUCGCCCUGGAGAGGAGGGACCUCAAGGACCUGGGCGUGAGAAAGGUGGGGCAUGUGAAGAGAAUCCUACAGGCUGUCAAAGACCUGCAGAUCAGAUAGUGGCUGACUCGCUGGCUACCAGCACUUGUACUGCAAUAUUACUCCACAUUCCACAUCACGGUCUCAUGCUGCUACAACCAGCAGCCUUCAUCAACACGUCUCUGUCCAAUCAGCAGGGACCCCUGUCACCUCGUGCCGGUACUGCAUGUAUUUAUGAACAUUUCAAGGUUCUUGAAGUGACCCGUCCAGACUGAGGCAUUGUGUAACAGUGGGUGGUGUUGAUUUGUCAUAAAUUGGCAUAUACACAUACAUCGGUCACAUUUCAAUGGAUGAGUGUCAUUCUUUGGAUUGAAGUUACCGAGACUUUGGCAUUUCAGGAGUAAAGUUGAUGACAUAUCAGAUCCUGCUUAGCAAUGCUGCCUUAUAUUUACCACUCCAGUGAAAUGUGACUGAUAGGAAUGGAGUGUCAGUGACUUUGAGAAAACACCCAAUGUUCUUUUCAUUUCUAGUAUGGUCAUCAUCGAAAACGAUGGACAACCAAGCAAGAUGAUGUAAGAAUAAUUCUCCGGACUUGAUGAGCAAUAUUUGGUACGUCAGUCAAGUCGUUAUAAUAAAUACAUGAUGUAAGUGUACCCUUUUUUUGAGCUUGUUCCAUUGUAAAGGUGGCCAGCUGAUCUGGUGCUUGUUACAAAGAAGUAUUUAUCGUUUUUCCACCAAAAUGGUAAAUGUUGUGUUUGCACUACACGAAAUGUGUUCUUCAAGCAAACAUGAAGCAUGCGUAAAACAUGCUUUCGUGAAAAAAAA